AUGAUGUUUUCUUCUCCAAGAGAAAUGCCUUCACCAUCUUCAAUUUUCUCAGCUUAUGCAUCCAUGACAGCUUCCAUCAUGCUACUUCGUUCCAUGGCACAUGAACUCAUUCCUCAACCAAUUCGUGGCUACCUUUUCAACACCUUCCGCUACCUCAUAAAACCACGCUCCCCUACACUCACACUCAUCAUAGAAGAAUCAACCGGCAUAACACGUAACCAAGUCUACGAUGCUGCAGAAUCUUAUCUCUCAACAAGAGUCACUCCUGAAAACGAACGACUCAAAAUCAGCAAAGUCCCCAAAGAGAAAAAACUCACAAUCCGGUUAGAAAAAGGCGAAAAAUUAACCGAUACAUAUAACGGGUUUACUCUCAAAUGGAGAUUCAUCUGUGCUGAAACGGAGAAAAACAGCGACAUUCACAACAGUAAUAACAGUAUCUCUGUUAGAUCAGAAAAACGAUAUUUCGAACUGAGUUUUCACAAAAAGUAUAAGGAAAUAGUUCUGGACUCUUAUCUUCCUUUCAUUCUUGACAAAGCUAAAGAAAUGAAAGAUGAAGAAAGGGUGUUAAAAAUGCAUACAUUAAACACCGCUUAUUGUUACAGUGGUGUGAAAUGGGACUCUAUAAACCUCGAACACCCUUCAACCUUCGAAACCCUAGCUAUGGAACCUGAAAUGAAGAAUGCUAUUAUAGAAGAUUUGAACAUGUUUGUGAAGAGGAAAGAUUUUUAUAAGAAAGUUGGAAGAGCAUGGAAACGUGGUUAUUUGUUGUAUGGUCCCCCUGGUACUGGAAAAUCUAGUUUGAUUGCUGCCAUGGCAAACUAUUUGAAGUUUGAUAUCUUUGAUCUUCAACUUGGUAACAUUGUUAGAGAUUCAGAUCUCAGAAAGUUGCUUCUUGCUACUGCUAAUAGAUCUAUUUUGGUUAUUGAAGAUAUUGAUUGCAGUGUUGAUCUUCCUGAGAGGAGACAUGGUGAAGGACGUAAACAAACUGAUAUACAGUUGACAUUAUCUGGAUUAUUAAACUUCAUAGAUGGAUUAUGGUCAAGUUGUGGAGAUGAAAGAAUAAUAAUAUUUACAACAAACCACAAAGAAAGAUUAGAUCCAGCUCUUUUAAGGCCAGGAAGAAUGGACAUGCACAUUCACAUGUCCUAUUGUUCUUAUGAAGGUUUCAAAGUUUUGGCCUCAAAUUACUUAGAAAUUUCCCAUGAUAACAACCCUUUGUUUGGAGAGAUUGAAGGACUAAUCGAAGACAUACAGAUAACACCGGCGCAAGUGGCCGAGGAACUGAUGAAGAACGAAGACGCCGAUGCCACGCUUGAAGGGUUUGUGAAGUUACUUAAGAGGAAGAAGAUGGAAGGUGAUGUGUGUGAGAAUAAUAACAAAAGAGAAAAUCAAGAGAAGCAAUGUAAAAAGAGGAAGGUUAGUUGUAAGCAAAAAAGAGGUGGUGGGAAUAGCAAGAGCAAUGUUGGUGUUACUCAAAGAAGGACUAGAGGAAUUAUUAAAAGAGGUUCUAGUUUGUAA